AUGCUGACGCCUGCAAUCCCGACUCACCGGAUCGCGGAGUCCACUCACCACCGACUCAUAGAGUUCGUCAAAUCUGCUCUAAUCAAAAUCUUCGUCUCCCCUUAUGCCACUGUGUGCGAUUUAUACUGUGGAAGAGUACCUGAUGAAGAAAAAUGGGAUGAAGCUCAAAUUGGUCACUACAUAGGCGUUGAUAUUGCGACAUCCGGAGUGAGUGAAGUUAAGGAGGCAUGGGAGAGUCAGCGCAAGACUUAUACUUCUGAGUUCUUUGAGCUUGAUCCUUGCAUUGAACAUUUUGAAUUGCAAUUGCAAGACAAUGACAAUAUGGCCGAUAUAGUCUGUUGCAUGCAGCAUUUGCAGUUGUGCUUUGAAAGUGAGGAGAAAGCAAAGAGACUAUUGCAUAAUGUAUCGUCUUUGCUGAAACCAGGGGGUUAUUUUCUUGGUAUUACUCCUGACUCAUCUACUAUAUGGUAUGACACUGUGAUUGUCAAAGAUAUGGCUGAAGCUUUCUUCAUAAUAUUUUGGUUGCUUCCUUAUUUUGAGUUUGUUAUUUCCUUGGCCUUUUCCUUUGUGAUCUUGGUGUCACAUUUUGCUUUUGAAAAUCCAGCCUAA